UGAAGUCACGGAGGGAUUCACUUUCCGCGAUUCAGUGCCUGCGCCCUCAGCCUCUGGCAGACGCGCUACGUUUAACGGCGCCCGGUGGCGCGAGCGCACGCGAGGGAGGGGCGGUUACGCAGUGACGAAUCUCCGCAGUCAGCUGCUGUGAGUGCGCAGCACCGCUCUGCCAGAGACAGCAAAGAGGAGGAGAGGGAGGAGAAGAAGAUACAGCACACGGGCGAACACUCAGGAGCAUCAUGGCACCAAUUGGAUUAAAGGCGGUCGUUGGCGAAAAGAUUAUGAAUGAUGUCAUCAAGAAGGUGAAGAAGAAGGGAGAGUGGAAGGCUUUGAUUGUGGACCAGCUCAGCAUGAGGAUGCUGUCCUCUUGCUGCAAAAUGACUGAUAUCAUGACAGAGGCAUCACCAGUAAUUGUUGAAGACAUUAAUAAGCGAAGAGAGCCUCUCCCGUCACUGGAGGCCAUUUACCUGAUCACCCCUACUGAGAAGUCCGUGCAGACUCUCGUCAAUGACUUCAAAGAUCCCCAUUCAGCGAAAUAUAAAGCGGCUCAUGUGUUCUUCACUGACUCUUGCCCGGCCCUGUUUAAUGAUGUGGUGAAGAGCCGUGCCUCCAAAACCAUUAAAACCCUAACUGAGAUCAACAUCGCCUUCCUGCCCUAUGAGUCCCAGGUGUUCUCUUUGGACAACCCUGAUGCCUUCCAGAGUUUCUACAGCCCUCAUAAGACACAGCUGAAGAACCCUGUGAUGGAGCGGUUGGCAGAGCAGCUGGCAACGCUGUGUGCCACACUGAAGGAGUACCCUGCCGUCCGAUACCGAGGUGAGUAUAAAGAUAACGCCACUCUGGCUCAGUUGCUUCAGGACAAACUGGACGCCUACAAGGCAGAUGAUCCCACAAUGGGGGAGGGUCCAGACAAGGCUCGCUCUCAGCUCAUUAUUCUGGACCGAGGUUUCGACCCAGUCUCUCCUGUCCUGCACGAGCUCACCUUUCAGGCUAUGGCCUAUGACCUGCUGCCCAUCGAGAACGAUGUCUACAAGUCUGAGACCAGUGGAAUAGGAGACUCUCGUGAGAAGGAAGUGCUGCUGCAUGAAGACGAUGACCUCUGGGUGGCACUACGGCACAAACAUAUUGCUGAGGUCUCACAGGAGGUGACACGUUCCCUGAAGGAGUUUUCUGCUAGUAAACGGAUGAAUACUGGAGAGAAGACCACCAUGAGGGAUCUGUCUCAAAUGCUAAAGAAGAUGCCGCAGUACCAGAAAGAGCUCAGCAAGUACUCAACCCAUCUGCAGUUGGCCGAGGACUGCAUGAAGCACUACCAGGGAACCGUGGACAAGCUGUGCCGUGUAGAACAGGAUCUCGCUAUGGGAACAGACGCUGAGGGCGAAAAGAUUAAAGACCCCAUGAGGGCCAUCGUGCCAAUCUUGCUGGAUGCCAACGUCAGCACCUACGACAAGAUCCGCAUCAUCCUGCUCUACAUUUUCCUCAAGAACGGGAUCACAGAGGAGAACCAUAACAAGCUGAUUCAACACGCCCAGAUCCCUCCUGAGGACAGUGAGAUCAUCACCAAUAUGGCUCAUCUGGGCGUCCCAAUCAUCACGGAUUCUACUCUCCGCAGAGGCAAGAAGCUGGAUCGUAAGGAGCGUGUGAGCGAGCAGACCUAUCAGCUUUCUCGCUGGACCCCACUCAUCAAGGACAUCAUAGAGGAUGCUAUCGAUGACAAGCUGGACACCAAACAUUAUCCGUACAUCUCAACACGCUCGUCCUCUUCCUUCAGCACUUCUGCAGUCAGUGCUCGAUAUGGCCACUGGCACAAGAACAAAACCCCUGGAGAGUACCGUACGGGCCCUCGCAUCAUGGUCUUCAUUAUUUUGGGCGCGUCCUUUAGCGAGAUGCGCUGUGCCUAUGAGGUCACACAGGCUAAUGGCAAAUGGGAGGCCAUCAUUGGUUCGACCCAUAUCACCGGCCCCACCCAGCUUCUGGACGCUCUCAAGGCCAUGAACAAACCCGACGAGGAGCAGACAAGCUAAAAUCACAACUUCCUCCUCCCCAACCCCAUCGCCCAGUUACCCUCUCCCUCCCUUCAUCCGUCGCCCUGUAAAUCGCACCCGCUCCUAUAUAAAUUGUGUAUGCAUCUUGCUUGAGAGAAAAAGAAAAAAAAAAAAAGGUGAUUGGUGACAAGUUAAAAAGAAUAUUCUAUAAAUUUAUAUAUAUUUAAAUAUAUAUAUAAUGUUGAAAUAAAAGAAUCAUUGCAAGUAUUCUUCUGUUUUACAAUGGAUGCAAAUGAUUAGACUGUCAAACUGAGUUUUCAUUUUGCCAUUUAAAAACCUGAAAGUACCAAAUGUAAUAUUGUAUGUUAUGGAACCUGCUAGAAUGCGUAAAUGGUAGAUCACUCUUUGCGUUUGUUCCUUAUUUAACUUGGUGUGUGUUUUUUCUUUUCUUUCUGUUAUUUGAAUGGUUUAAAAGUGGUUGGGGGAGGGACUGGUUUGUAUGCAAAUAGACCAGUGAGGCAAAACGAUGCAUAUCACUUCCUACGCUGAAGGCUAAGCUGCCGCCCAGUCGAGAUGCUUGGGUUUAAUUGUUGUCUCAUUUUAGAUGUGCAUGCCAUGGACGCUACUAUGUGGCCAUUUUGACAUGUUUUCAAACGCAAGUAAAAAAUAAAUACAAAAAACAUGUUAAGAACGAAACAAUGAGCAUCUUCUGGGACUCCAGUGAUGAAGAGGAAGGAGGCCAAAGGAGUAACAGAUCAAAGCCUCAAGCCGUAAACGUGAAAGAGACACUGUACAUAGAUAGCGGACGUCACCCCUCCUUCAAUCGCGAUUCCCGGGAGCGUUUACUCUCCAUCUCCUUUUCUUUUCACGUCUCCUUCUACAGAGACCUCAUGAUUUAGUGUGAAGAAGGCCGUUGCUUGCAGAUGUUUAAGGAAUUCAAAAAAAAGGGCCAGUUGUAUUUCAGUAUUGUAUCUCGUCUUAUCAUUGGUUAGUAAACAAUGUUUAACCGGGACAUGCACUGAGUAGCGUGUUGUUGUAUGCCAUAUGUUACUGUUUUUUCGUCUCACUGUUGACUGGUGAAAAUUUCUGACUGUGAAGUAGUAAAACUUUCCUUUGCCAAUGUGAAGCCACUGUGUUUGUGACGUAUUAGCUGUAGCUGUAGUGAUAAACUGGGGAAAAAAAAAAUAAUAGGUAAAAUCUAUCUUUCGUUUGUCCGUCCGAUAGUUUCUUUCUGGUGCAAUGUUAUAUCUUCCACUGGUGAAUGGCUUUGCAACGAAACGCAACCCCCCUUUUUAAUGUUUGGGUUUCAGUUUCCUCUUUACUCUGUUCUGGCAGAAAGGUUGUAUAUUGCACUACGCGUUUUCUGUGAUGCAAACGCUUCUAUGGUUCUCUCUCUUCUUUUAAACGAUUACCUUCAUUUGGGUUUGCUGUUGUAUAGCUGUGUCGACUGGAUUGAUUUCUAUUCUAUUUAUUUUUCAGAGAAUAUCAAUAAAUAAGAACGUAGUCUGUCUUAAACCUGUUGAUCUUACUGGGAUUCUAUGUUUGCGAGUGUUGAAGCACAAACUAAAGUAUACUUCAUGUGUACCGAUGUACUAAGGCUGUCUAAUAAAUUGGCUUCCAUUACAAA